ACACCCCCUACACACAGAUAAAUCAUCAUUUGGUUUGAACACAGUUUCCUCUGUCUGCCUCACCUCAUACACAAUGGCAUGUGGCUCAGCAACAUCAAUGGUUCAGUUUAUGACUCUGCCUUUGUUCCUCUGCAUCACUGGUUUGCGCUUAGAGGCAGAGGCUCAAAUUUUGGAGGCAGAAGCUGGAGAUAAUGUCACUGUUUGGUGCCAACAUGAUCUGAAAAAUCCAGAUACGAUCUUCUGGUUUAAACAGUCGUGUGAUUCAGUUCCACUUCUUCUUGGGUGUAAAAGGUUUUUGACAUCAGCUCCAUCAAAAUCGUGUUACUUCUUUAGUGAGAGUGAGAGAAUAGUGAUGUCUGUUCAUGGCAGUAAAACGUCUCUCACAAUCACUGCAGUAAACGUCUCUGAUACAGGACUCUAUUACUGCAGCUUCACUGAGAAAAUGAUCUUCAGUAACUCCACAUAUUUACAAGUGAAAGGAAAUAAAACAUCGUCUAUCUCAGACAGAGCAGAAGGUUCUGUGUCUCUUGCUGUGUUCUUCAAACUUACUGUGGUGUUUGGUUCUUUGGUUACUGUGGUGUUCCUUCUUGGUGUCCUGAUCUUCAUCAUAGUGAAGCACAGAAAAACACACACUGGUGAUAUAACUGACAGACAUGAUGAUGAGGUAAAUUUGAAAAUACACAUUUAAAAAUAUAUUGGCAUAGCGUGUAUAGGAG